UUAUCAGGCAGUUGAACAAUAACUUUGUGAAGUGGCAUUAUAGUACAUAGCUCCACUGAUAAGGAUUAAGGUCACGUCAAACAUGGAGCUCAAAGUUGCUGUAUUUCUGACAACAUGUCUUACUGUCGGUGUCUAUGGUGCUCUGCGGAUGCCAAAAUAUUAUAGUGAUCAUAUGGUUCUACAGCGCGCACCUGCUCGCGCCAUCUUGUGGGGAUAUGCUGACGUCAUCGGAGAUACAGUCGUUGUUGUCAAGAAUGGCAUUCAAGUUGAAGAAACAACCGUUCAGAAAAGUGCCAGUAAUGGAACCGUAGGGAUCUGGAAACUAAAAUUGCCGGCUGAAAGUAAUGCUGGACCGUACGAGAUUCAAGUAAAAUCUAGUGAGGGAAUUCUCUCAUUUGCUGACGUAAUGUUCGGAGAUGUUUGGAUGUGUUCGGGACAGAGUAAUAUGCAGUUUCGUAUGAAGGAGGUGUACGACAGUGCACAUGAAAUCGACGAUGCUAUACAAUACAGAGACAUUCGAAUGAUAUUUUCUGAUUUGGUAAAAUCGUCCAUUCCACUUGAUGAUGUGUCAUUAAGACAUCCAUGGAUAUAUCCAAUCAAAGGAAUCAUAGACGAGUUUUCUGCACUUUGUUUCAUGUUCGCACGUGACCUUCAGAAAGAUUUAAACUAUCCAAUAGGAAUAAUUGAAUCUAAUUGGGGUGGUACUCGGAUAGAAGUGUGGAGUUCCCCGGAUGCUAUCAACGCAUGCCCAACAACAGUAAAACCGAGCCAGAACAAGUAUGUCCCAACAGAACCAGAAGUUCUGUGGAAUUCUAUGAUACAUCCUUACCUACAAAUGACAAUAAAAGGUGCCAUCUGGUAUCAGGGAGAAUCGAACGCCGGCCGCCCUGAUCUAUACGCCUGCCAGUUUCCUACCAUGAUCAACGAUUGGAGGAAAAAGUUCCAUGCUGCCUCGGAUGGCGAGACAAUUGAUCAUUUCCCAUUUGGCUUUGUGCAGCUCGCGCCAUACCGUACCGGUAACACAAUUGGGGGUUUCCCUCCAACAAGAUGGGCACAGACGACAGAUGUUGGAUAUGUACCAAACAUAAAUAUGCCAGACACUUUUAUGGCGGUUGCAAUAGAUCUGCCAGAUUUUAAUUCGUCGUCAGGAGCCAUUCAUCCUACAUAUAAACAAGACAUCGCAUCUCGUCUAGUUUUGGGAGCCAGGAACGUUGCCUAUGGCGAACAUAACGUCAUUUUUCAAGGCCCUUUUCCAACCGCUUACCGCGUCGAUAAUGGACUACAUAGCUUAACUAUAACCUUUGACAAUGGUACCGGAAGUUUGCACAAAAACAACAACAACGGUUUCGAGGUUUGUUGCGCGAGCACGACAUCCGGCUGCAGUUAUCCUGCCUCUUGGAUCGCCGCUCCAGUUAAAGUGACAAUGACCUCGGAAGUUGUAAUUGACACUUCUAGUUGCCAUGGAAACUAUCAUAUUGCUGGUGUCAGGUACCUUUGGAAAGAGAGUCCGUGUGCACUGAAGCAGUGUGCUUUAUAUGACAGCCACACACAGCUUCCUGUGCCGCCAUUUAUAAAGAUAGAAGUCUUUAAGACUGCAGCAAGCAUUGUUGUGGGCUAAAAUAUCUUCAUUUCGUACAUUAUGAACGUACAAACAUAAAUAUCAAUGUCUGUUUUAUAUGUGAGCCAAUAGUAAUAACAAGGACA